CUAGAUACGCGUCAAAAGCCAAGACGCGUAAAUAAAUUGCUUCGUUCAGACUCGCUGUUUCGGCACAUACAUAUAAUUAAAACACGCACCUCGUUCACUCAGCACAAACUGCAACUCCUCUACCUAUCAGUAUAUAAAAUGGACCAAUCGCAGCUUCUCCCCAAAUUUGUCGCCGAAAUGGACGUCAAACUACUGUCUGACCGGGCAACUUUACCAACCCACGGUUCUGUUUUCGCCGCUGGUAUGGACCUUUACGCUGCCGAACACAAGAUUAUCCCCGCCCGUGGACGUGCUCUUGUGGACCUUCAGCUUUCUAUCGCGGUUCCUCAAGGACAUUAUGGUCGUAUCGCACCCCGAAGCGGACUUGCUUCUAAGCAUGGCAUUCAGACCGGAGCUGGUGUUAUUGACUCUGACUAUCGAGGGCCUGUAAUGGUGCUUCUAUUCAACCAUUCAGACGUGGACUUUGAAGUGAACCCCAAAGACCGUAUUGCCCAACUGAUUUUGGAAAGAAUCUCGGUUCCCAAGCUCAGACAAGUCGAGUCACUAGAAACUACCGUCCGCGGCGCUGGAGGUUUUGGCUCUACUGGUGGCUUUGGUCCGGCUGCCAAGAAGCAAAAGGUGGAGGAGGAGAUUGUAGAGACAACCACUAUCAAGAGGAAGGAGAUUUAAAAUACAUGAUUCUCAAAUGCAUGGUAUCAUAUCUU